AUGGCGGCAAAUAGGAACUUGAAGCAAGUGCGGAUCGAGAAUAGCUCCCCGGCUGCGCCGCUGGGCAUGGUGGGGGGGGGUGGCGGCAACCUAAAGGGAUUGCGGGGCCUAGAAACGGAGAGUGAGGCAGCGGCGGCCAUGGCGCUAGUGCCGAGCAAAGAAGGUGGAGAUGAAGAGCAGGAGGGUGGCUUCACCAUCGAUAUCAAAAGCUUUCUCAAACCUGGCGAGAAGAGCUACACGCAGCGCUGCCGCCUGUUCGUGGGGAAUCUGCCUACCGAUAUCACCGAGGAAGAUUUCAAGCGCCUCUUCGAGCGCUAUGGGGAGCCUAGCGAAGUCUUCAUCAAUCGGGACCGCGGCUUCGGCUUCAUUCGCUUGGAAUCUAGGACACUGGCUGAAAUAGCAAAGGCUGAACUUGAUGGUACUAUUUUGAAGAGCAGACCACUUCGAAUUCGAUUUGCUACACAUGGAGCUGCACUAACAGUCAAGAAUCUUUCACCCGUGGUUUCUAAUGAGCUGCUGGAACAAGCAUUCUCUCAAUUUGGGCCAGUGGAAAGAGCUGUUGUUGUAGUAGAUGAUCGUGGCAGAGCUACAGGAAAAGGUUUUGUAGAGUUUGCAGCAAAACCUCCAGCACGUAAAGCUCUAGAAAGAUGCAGUGAUGGGGCAUUCUUGCUAACAACAACACCUCGACCUGUUGUUGUAGAACCAAUGGAACAAUUUGAUGAUGAAGAUGGGCUCCCAGAAAAGCUAAUGCAAAAAACGCAACAGUAUCACAAGGAAAGAGAACAGCCUCCACGUUUUGCUCAGCCUGGAACAUUUGAGUUUGAGUAUGCUUCACGGUGGAAGGCUCUUGAUGAGAUGGAAAAGCAACAGCGUGAGCAGGUUGACAGGAACAUUAGAGAAGCCAAAGAGAAACUAGAGGCAGAAAUGGAAGCAGCUAGACAUGAGCAUCAGCUAAUGCUGAUGAGGCAAGAUCUCAUGAGACGUCAAGAAGAGUUGAGGCGUUUGGAAGAACUUCGAAAUCAAGAACUCCAAAAACGCAAGCAGAUACAAUUAAGACAUGAAGAAGAACAUCGACGUCGUGAAGAAGAGAUGCUCCGUCAGAGGGAACAGGAGGAAUUACGGCGGCAGCAGGAAGGAGGAUUUAAGCCAAAUUUCAUGGAUAAUAGAGAACAGGAAAUGAGAAUGGGUGAUAUGGGUCCUCGUGGAGCAAUAAACAUGGGAGAUGCGUUUAGCCCAGCACCUGCUGGUAACCAAGGCCCUCCACCAAUGAUGGGUAUGAAUAUGAACAACAGAGGAACUUUACCUGGCCCUGCAAUGGGUCCUGGUCCUUCCAUGGGACCAGAUGGAGCUGCAAAUAUGGGAACACCAAUGAUGCCAGAUAAUGGAACAGUGCAUAAUGAGAGAUUCCCUCAAGGAGGUCCAUCCCAGAUGGGUUCACCUCUGGUUAGUAGGACGGGCUCUGAAACUCCUCAGCCGCCAAUGAGUGGUGUGGGUGCCGUGAGUGGUGGACCUGGUGGCUUUGGUAGAGGAAACCCAGGGGGCAACUUUGAAGGACCUAACAAGCGUCGCAGAUACUAAACUUAUUUCAUUCCUUACUGUUUAGAAAUUCCAGUAAAAAUAUACAGUGAUAUGCCCUUAUAAUUUUAGCUGUUAUCUGAAAACGGUUUUAUUGUUAUUGUAGUCUUCAAAACAGUUUAUUUUGUAAAAGAUUUUUUUGUAUUCAGUCAUAGGCUUUGUAGUAUAGAGCAGAAAUGAUGCAGAUCAUUAUGUAAGGCAAUGUGUUUGUGACUCUAGCAAAAAUAAAAUGUGUGACCAUGCUGUAAAACGUGCAGUUACCUGAUUACAAUAAAAUGCAAAAAAUAACUUAAAAGGA